CCAACACCGACUCUACAGUUGAUCGUACGACAGAUGCGAGUAACGAAAUGAAUUUGUGAGUACCGAAUCGGUACUUCGAGUCAAACGAUGUACCCGUUACUCAGUAACGAAUACAUGCGGUUUGCUCCAGCUCUACAAAUUAUAUAUACAGCUUUGGUUCAAAAACUGAUGAUACUUAAUUACGGAACUGAUGGACAAGUACAGAAAGUAACAUAUUGUGUAAUUGUGGGAAAAUUUAAGAAGCUGUGAUGGUGUUAAGAUUUCUUUUAAGAUAUCUCAUGCACAAUGAAAAGUUGAUCCAGACGUUGGCAGAUUCUUAUCCUAUGAGAAAAGCUGCUCGCUUUGCUGCAAGGAUCAUUGUGCAAGCUAAACAUUACCAAGAAAGAGCCUUAGAGAAUAUGAAACCAAGUACUGGUGGAGAUGCUGUUAAAAAACCUCAGGAUCUCACAAUGUUAAUAAAUGAGAAACUCCAGAAAUUAAAAAAAUUACUUGAGAAACGAAGACCCUAAAGAUGAAAUAUUCUGUAUGUUAAUCUCAUGUAUGUAUAGCAGUAUGAUGUACUUGAGCAUGAGAUUCGAGUUUGUAAGUUCGAAUAAAGUAUGAGUGUAAAUUCAAAUAAAGUAUUUAUCAAUUUUUUGUAA